UGAAGAGUCGCAUAGUGUGGGGGAGGAACGAUCACCUCAGUCUGUCAGUGGAGCAGGACGGUGACGGCAGCAUUGGGUUCAAAGCAGACAAUUUCUGGGCACAGCAGGCCUGUUUCAAGUCCUCCAUUAACAAACACGUGUUCGGGAUUUGAAGAAAACCCACGGAGACACUGGGAAGACGCAGCAAGCCGGGAUUUGCCCCCGCAGCCCUGCUACCCACCCAGCCCUGGCAGUGACUACACAGUAUAUGCGAGUAGGUCAUGUUUGACGAAUGCUUCAGUAAAAAUGUGAAAAGCUGCUCGGUUUAACCAAUCAAACGGCUUUUGGAGAUGUUUACCUGAUAAUAUUGGGAUUGGGAGAAGGCUUUGUGUUUAUUUGCAGGAAACUUGGUGUUGUGUUUUUCCAUUCCGUCGAUUCAGACUUAUUUUUUUUUGUUCUGUGUAUUCUGGCUCAGAGUGAUGUGCAGUUAAUCAAAUUUAAAAGCAGCUAUGCAUAAAGCAAAAACUAUAUAUAUAUAUAUAAAGUGGGUGUAUAGUUAGCAUAAACACAUAUGACAUGAUUUAACAACUGAUUGUGUCCUUAAAUACACAAAAUGUCAAGAGUGUCACCAUCUGCUGCUAGUGGUCCUUUGCUCCUGUCCUAAUAAUGUCCCAGAGAGAGGCCAUCUGGUGGAUUAUGAACACAAUACAGUUCUCUCCUAUUUGCAAUUUUUGCAUUUUGAGAGUAAUGCUUGGGACAACAUUGCAUUGUUCACUUUUACUAAGGUACCAGCCGAUUGUUUUGUUGUAACCUAAAAUUGGAUUUUUUUUUUUUUAAUUUAAUAACUGCUUACCGAGAAAUGCUGUUCACAAUGUGAGUUGACCAAAGCAUGUUUGAGAAUUCCAACACAGCCCAGACGCCGAAACUGCAGCCCGCCCGGGCAGUCUCGGCCCAGAGUAAGCGUGUGUCCUCCAGCUCCUUGGCACCAGCCAACACCCAUGACGCGACAGCGGGCAGCCUCAAGUCGGGCAGUGGGCACCAACACUUAAAGAAUGCCCUCAACCUUGGGAAGGCGAUGGGAGCGAAAGUCAACGACCUCCUGCGUAGAAAGGAGCAGAGCAGCCUGGGAGAUAUUGGGGUGACCGAAGUCAACAAAAACGUGGGAGCCGUGCUGACCGGCGCAAGCAAAGAGCUCGGCAAUGGCGGGGUGAAGCUCCAGGAUACGUUUCCUCGACUGGAGCCGCCACCUCCGAUUGUUAAGAAACGCAUGGCUCGGUCACUGAAGACCACCCAGGACAUGAUGAUUUCCUCCCGACCCGUGGUCAACAGCACCGAAGCCUCAGAUGUUUCUUUCAACGAGUCACCAUACAAGACUCCUUUACUCCAAAAUGGGAAAGCCACUCGAGAUGAAGAGAAACAAAGCAGUCCAACAAUGUCAUCAAACCACGAGCAGGGUGGAAAUGAGGCCAAGACCAGUGAGGCUUUGCGGCCUGAGCUUGACAACCAGUGUGAUGAGGAGGAGGAGGAGGACAACAACAUCUUGCAAGACACCAACCAGCAGUUGCUUUCUGUGCCCGACCUGAUCCAUAAGGAAACUUUAGACCUUAAGCAGCGGUCUGCUGGGCAGGAGGGGAGGAUGAUGACGUCCACACCACAGUCUGGGAAGAUGGGCCUGCACAUCAGCGUCAGCGAGGACGACCUUCUGGAGAAUGGAUCAGAAGAUUCCGGAGUGCCGAGGCAGAGGAGUUCCAGCGUCGAUGAGGAAGAGCAUCACCCCGAUCUUCUGUCUUUUGAGUGAGGAGCAAACAGGUGCUCAUGGCCUCUUGGAUUAUUUCCAUAACAGAAGGGGACUUUAGUUUUUUGGAAAGCUGAGCACCACCUCCCUUCUUGCCCCCUCUUCCUGGAUUUCACCAAAUGCCUCUGAAGUGGCUAGCAGGCUCUCCAGGCGUCCAUUGAGUUGAUUGCUAAGCUGACCACGAGGAACUCUAUAAACAGAUCACUUCUCUUGUCAUCCUCAUGAUCUGAUUGACAUAAGGAAUACAAACGUAUCCUCCAAGGUGGGAAAUGUCACUUUCCAGGAUCCUGCAGCACCUCUUGACUGGUGUAAUGGAAAUCUGAUCUUCUGAGAGCUUCCAUCAUGCAACCCAUUUUUUUUUUUUAUAAGAGACCUUGAGGGGGUGGAGGUUUAGGGCAUAGCCAUCCCCUCAAACACAUACAUUCCUGUGGCCCAUUUCGGAAUGCCCACCUUGUGAGAAGAACUGCUGGAGCCUGACAGAAACACGGUGGUCCUCGAAGGCAGGCAUUCAACCCUUCCUUUAACCACUUGAGUCCUUCCUUUAUUUUUUAAUGAAUUUGUUUUAUUGUUAUUAUAACUCUUAUUAUCAUUUGUAUUGUAAUCAAAGAAGGUUGUGCAAAAGACUACUGGGAAUUAUUGAAGUACCUUAGCUGAAGUGUGAAGUGCCGUCCAAGAGUUUCUUGGUUUGCUGCUUUAGCAUUUUAAGGUGAACCCGAAAAUGCUGACAUGUUGAAGUACCUUUGUGUGGAAGUUCCCUUCUCCGAAUGGCCUGCAGACCCCAGUAAAACUACUCGGCUCAUGCGUUUCUACUGAUGGCCUGCAGGUGGCAGUAACUCUGCACUGUUGUUUUAAUUUUUCAUUUUUGUUCUCACCAUCACCUCCAGAGGGCACCAGCUGACUGACUUUAAAUUUUCAUUUCCAGUAAAGAUAUACAGAGGGCAGUAACUGUCUUUAAGUCAUUAAAAAAUAAUAUCAUUCAUGUAAUUAACCUUAAUCUUUAUUCUUUUCCUUUCCUCUACAGUGGGAACUAGCUAAGCGACUUUUAAUCUUUGCGGUUUUCUUUUCUGCUAAUGACCAACAGAUAUAAAUAACUUGACUUUUUAUUAUUCCUUUUUCUUUUCCAUAAAUGGCCUGCAGAGGGCGGUACCUGGCAGUCACUGUUUUGGUUUCUCAUUGUCGUUCCCAUUAAUGGCCACCAGAAACACCUGACUGGCUGAAACAUUUACAUGGCAGGUUUUCCUGUAGGUGUUUCAGUGUUUCCAUGUGUGAUGUCUCUGAUUAACAGUCCGUUCACAGGGAACAGAUUCUUUAGGAACAAAUUGUAGCAUUUUGUUUUCCACUGGUGACCUGUAGAGGGCAGUAACUUUCUGUCAUUGAUUAUUUUUAGCUCCCUUAGCAUAAGUAACUUUUUAUUUGUUCUUUUCCUUUCUUCAAAUGGCCAACAGUGGGCACUACCGUACUGACUUAAUUUGAACGACUUUCCCUGAGGCUUACAGAUGGCAAUAGUUCACUGCGGUUUUUAUUUUUCCUGAUUCAUUUCUUCAAUUGGCCUACAUAGGGCAGUUACUAUCUGCCACUUAUUUAUUUAUUGCCAUUCCCAUUACUGCUUCACAGAAGGCAUUAACUAAUUGCCUUUCGUUAUCUUUGCUGCUAAUAUACAAUUACCAUAAACAACAUUUAAUGUUGGUCUUUUCCUUCCCUCUGAUGGCUUACAGAGAACACUAAAAAAUUGCAUUUUAUUUUUUAACGAUUCCUUUUCCAAUAAUUGCUUACACAAGGCAGAACAUUUCUAUCACCUACUCAUUUACCACAUUUAUUCCCAGUAAUGGCCAACAGAGGGCACUAACAGUGUUUCUGCUAAAGUCCUCUAGAGGGCAGAAACAGUCAGCCACUGAUUGAUUUUCAAUACCAUCACCAACACCAGCUUUUACUACUAGGAUUUCACUUUCCUCUAAUGGCCUACAGAGGGAGCUAACAAGCCAGUUUGUUUUUUUUACAUUUUUCUUGUUCCUUUUCUGCUAAUGACUACUUUUUGAUUUGUUUUAAUCUACUUUGUAAACCCCCAAAAGGAAAUUAUUGUCUCUUUGAAUGAUUUGAGAAUAGAAAUUGUUUUGGUUUUUUUUGGACAUCCAUAUUUUUUAAUUAUUUGUACUAUUUUGCUUUCCUUUAAUGGCCUACAGGGGGAGCUAACUAGUCAGUUUAUUUAUUUUUUCUCAUUUGUCUUGUCUCUUUUCUGCUAAUGACCAAUGAAGAGCAGUAAUUGUUUGG